AUGAGAAUAUACUUGAUCGGAUUGACGAUCUUAUCGUCCCUGACUCGAGCUACGCACCUCACUUCCGACUAUCUUGACAAGGUAUACGAUGUUAUGAAACAAAUUUCUACCCAAAGUUGGGAGAACGGUACGGAAGCAGAAGCGAUCUUGCAAUACAAAUAUCCUCAAUACUCUGUGUUCUCAUCUUCCAACCCCUUCCCAUCCAGUUUAAGCCAGGGCGAUUUCCAGGAUGUUUUCAAUAUCGCUCAGGUCACAUUGAACAAUCGACCGAGUGCGAAUAACGCUUCUGCCAAUACGACCUCGGCGAGUUUAUUGAAAGAUGGAGCAGCGGGCGAUCCGGCGAGUUUGGGGAUCAGCGUUUUGCUUGCCAAUGUCAGCUCUGGGAAUGCCCAGGUGAAAGGUGUGGGUUAUGGGACUGCAGCGGAGGAGGAGUUAAACUAUUUGUUGAAUGAUGUGCCAAAGUCAUCUUCCGGGGCGAUCUCCCACCGGGCCGAUCAAGUCCAAUUAUGGUCAGACUCCAUCUCAAUGGUACCCCCUUUCCUAGCGUACUACGGUGCCGUGCAUAACAAUCAAUCCCUUUUACAACUCGCCUACACACAGUGUGCACUGUAUCGUGAUGUUCUCAGGCAAGACUCCGGCCUUUGGGCCCAUAUCGUCAUGGGCACAGGAGCUUCCGACCCUGGUUUGUGGUUAACAGGUAACGGGUGGGCGGCUAUGGGCAUGAUCAGAGUUUUGAACACCAUCCGGUGGAGUGGUUUCUCGAACAGUAUGACAAGCCAAGUAUCCGAUUUGCAAAGCUGGGUGUCGGAGAUCUUAACUGCGUCUCAGGGAUAUAUGACCAAGGAUGGGUUAUUGAGAAAUUACAUCGACCAGAGUUCUUCUUUCGAAGAGACAGCUGGCUCGGCGCUGAUCGCUGCUGUAGCCCUACGGAUGUCCACCAUGGGCUUAACCAAUCAAUACGCCUCCCAAGGUAUCCAACUCCUCUCGGCAGUAUCGGCCAAAGUCAACUCUUCAGGCUACCUUACGCAAGUUGUGAACCCAUACGAUUGGUCUCAAACCGCGACUCAAUCACCAGAGGGUCAGAGUUUUGUCAUCAUGGCUUAUUCGGCAUACAACGAGUGGAUUAGUCAAGGGCAACAAGGGGAUAGUGAUAAGAACCCAUUAGGGAACGAUAGCGGGGCUUUAGGUGGCAUCUCUCGACAAUAUAUGGGGUUUGUAGGGUUUUUGACCGCAGUGUGUGCGGGAGUUUGGACUGCUCUAUGAGAGGGAACAUCGAAAAAGGUCAUUGAAAUGAUCACGAGUAGAAGGGGUAUUUGAAGAAAAGCGUGAAUAGGAUCUGAAGAAGUAUAAUUGGGCAUCUUGGGAAGGACUGUCUGGGUUAGCUGUGGGAACACUGAGUUUUUAUCUUGUCUGGGUGAUUUUACAGCUUAAUCUACUACUGUAGUAGUGUUAUUUGCGUAGACAUUGCCCUUGUCGUAUCAAAGCACUCAUACACUAUGCAUGACGCACCCGC